AUGCGCUAUAAAACAUCGAAGAAGAAGACGAAACCCUACCACUUACUGGCGUUGAGUCAGUGUCCGUGUUUACUUGGGAGCAGCAGUUAUGUGAAUAUUCAGACCGUCUAAUAGAAAUAUUUGCUUCUGUUUUUUAUAUUUAUGAAUCACGUGCGAAGAUGAAACAGCAACGACAGCGUCUGAGUGAAGGUUUCUGAUGGAUGGUAUGAAUCAUCUGCAGGGCAGCCUGAAUUCUUUAUACAUCCCCACACUUCACCCCACCAUGUCUGAUGAGAGGUCAGAGGUCAAGCAAGAGGGGGAGGCGGAGGGGGAUAUGACAUCACUGCUUGCCCGCCAGAGGCCGCAUGAUUCUUACUGCCUUGUUUAUGGCAUAUUUUUCAUUCUGGGCAUUGGCUCGCUGCUACCAUGGAACUUCUUCAUCACAGCCAAGCACUACUGGCUUUACAAACUAAACAACAGGUCCAGCCUGGCCAGCCACCAAGAGCUCCACACUGAUCUCAGCGAUUACUUUGAGAGCUACCUUGCCAUUGCAUCCACUGUUCCUUCAGUGUUGUGCCUAGUCCUAAACUACCUCCUUGUGAACAGGCUGUCCUCUGAUGUUCGGAUCCUUUUGUCUCUGGCUGUGAUCCUGCUUGUGUUCAUGGUCACUACAGUGCUGGUGAAGAUGGAUGUGUCAGGCUGUAGAGAGAAGUUCCUGACUGGUACUCUGGCCAGUGUUGCGCUUGUCAGUGGAGCCUCCAACAUUUUCAGUGGCAGCAUGUUCGGCAUCAGCGCACAUUUCCCUAUGAGGAUAUCACAAGCUCUCAUAUCAGGUCAAGCGAUGGGUGGCACUUUGAGUGCAGUAGCAUCUAUAGUGGAUCUGGCUGCAACAAGUGAUGUGACGAACAGUGCAUUGGCUUACUUCCUUACUGCUGACAUUUUCAUUAUCUUCUGCGUAAUCAUGUACCUGCUGCUGCCCAAACUGGCCUACUCCAGGUAUUAUCUGGGGGCUUCCUGCACUGGCACUGCCAUUGCCACCACAUCUGAAAGCUCUCUGUCCACUCCUGAAUCCACCAACAAUCCGACCGUCAUUUCUGUGCCUCCUCUCAAACCCAUCAUGGGAAAGAUGUGGACACUGAGUAUAUAUGUCUUUUGGGUCUUCUUCAUCUCCAUCACCAUCUUCCCAGCCAUCUCUUCAGGCAUCCAGUCGGUGGAUAAAGACUCAGACAGCCCCUGGAGCGGCACCUAUUUUGUGCCACUCACUAGCUUCCUCCUGUAUAACGUGGCAGACUUCAGUGGUAGGCAAAUGACAAUUUGGCUUCAGGUUCCUGGCCCAACCAGCCCUGUGUUGCCUAUCCUUGUGGUUUGCAGGACUGCAUUAGUGCCACUUUUCAUGUUCUGUAACUACCAGCCUCGGCAUCACCUGCACCAGAUAUUUUUUGCCCAUGACAUCUUCCCUGUGAUAUUUAUAUGCCUGCUAGGGCUCUCUAAUGGAUAUCUGGGUACUCUGACCAUGAUAUAUGGGCCUAAGGUGGUCCCACGUGACCUGGCAGAACCAGCUGGUGUGAUCAUGUCAUUUUUCCUGGCAGCGGGGCUAGCAGCAGGCUCUGCUUUCUCUGUUUUGCUUGUCUACAUUUUCUGAUUGGUAUAAUCUUGAAAAUGGUCUUGUUUACAUUUAGCUCCACUAAACUGUUCUAACUGCAAUCUUAAACUUUUUUAAAAAACCACAAAUGAAAGCUGAUUAAUCCAUUUCAUUAAUGAAAUAUAUGGAAUAUGGUCUUUCUACUGCAGGUUAAAUACUUUGUAAUAACAGUUAAAUUCAGUCUUUUUAGUUUAAGGCCAGGUUUAUACUUGAUGCAGCUGUAGAUGCAGCUUCACAAAUUUUAUAGCUUCACACGGUUCCCAAAGUUUCUUGUAUCAAAACUCAAUUCUAGAUUCAUGUGUGGUUUGGGAAAUUAGGUUGUUUUUUGUGCCAAGUGUUCUUUUCUCUUUUUUUUUUGAAAGAAGCAGCAGAGGUUGGUAUCUGGUAUGUUGUAUUUGGCUGAUGAGGAUGAAAGGAAUGAGAACCUAUUUUUAUACAUAUUGUUAAUUCUUCCUAUUAAUUAAUUAAUUGGCCAAAUGUGAAAGGUCUGUGGGUUUGGUGUGAACUAUGUUUACUAAACUGGAUCUAUCAUAUUAGUAUUAGUGACCAGAGUCAGGAGGAGGACAGGAGUUUAAAUCAUGUACAAUUUUAUUUUACAAUUCUUUUUACAAAAUUACAAUAUUUUGCUAAACAUUUUUUAUAAAGUUUUUAUGAAGACCUAACAUAAUGAAAAUGUCACAGAUUGAUAAACAUGUAAUUGAAAAUGCUUGUGAGUUUUGGACUUGACAGAAGAUCAUGCAUCUUUAGAAUAUGCCCAAAUAUAAUAAAGAAUAUAUUUAUUAUAUU